AUGUUUAGCUUCUUCAAACGCUCCAAGUCGCAGAAGGGAAAACAAAAACACGACCAGAAAUUGCAACUGCCACCCGAGCAGCAGCUGCAACCAGCGUGCGGCGUGCCGGAUGGUGGCAAACCUCAAGGGACGGCGCGAAAGGAGAGCACGGGAAGCGUGUGUUUAGGUGAGAACGAUGGCGUGAAACCGUCGGCGGAUGUGGUGGUUGCGUCGAAGGUUGCGUCCGAUGCGAACGCAGGCGCAAACGGUUGGCGGCCCCCUGCCGGCGGCGACGAGGAAAAGCUAGCGCGGGCUAAAAAUAAUAAUCCCCCCGGACCGCAGCCGGCGACAGGGAAGGAUUGGUUGCCCUCGCGAUGUUUGGUGAGAGGGCCGAUGCUGCCGGGUGGAAGCCCCGGGGGGCUGGUGGAUGUGGCACUCGAACGUGAACCACCGAGCGCUGCCAGCGUCAGUCCGAGUGGUUCAACGUGCCGGAGUGGUCGCGCACCGAACAACGACAACGACAACAACGACGGCGGCGGCGGCGGCGAUCCGAACGAAACUCGUGCCGCACGGGACGACUUCCCGCCCAUCGAUAGCGACGAGGGCAACGAGGACGGUGCUGGUGAUCGCGAAUCUUCGAGCCCGAUCGAUGACAGCCGCCACCGGGAACGGGGCACGCAGGCAAACGCGACCAGUUCGAAUCCGUACGCGCCACCGAGCGAAAGUGCAAUGGCGAAAGGGAAAAACCGACGACGCUAUCAGCCACAGCAGCAGCAACAGCAGCAGCAGCAGCAACAGGUGAAAACACAGCAGCAGCAGCAGCAGCAUCAGCAACAGCAGCAGAAUGCACUACGUCGUGGUGACUCCAGUGGUACGCCGGAGGGCAAGAAAGGCAUCCCACCACCGACACAUCUGUCUCUAAGCAAACCCAUCGCGACCAUCGUGCUGGUCGAACAGACGACAAUCGAACCCCUCAACAACGGUGACGUCAUCAUUGAACGAUCACCGAGCGAACCGCAAAAGGAGCAAGCGGUGACAGAAAAAGCCGAACCCGUGCCGAGCACUGACAGCUGCGAUCGUGCAGCGAAGACACACACCGCCAAUGGCGGCAACGGCGUUGGAGCGCUAGUGUUGCCAGUGUGCGCAGACUCACCACCGACGGUGACAGCUACUACCGGUGACGGUGUUGGCGGUACUAACACCAGAAGCGCUCCCGCUGUUCACGACGGAGAUGCGUUAUUAAAUAUCAAAAAUAUCUCGCCCACUACUACCGGCAAGCAGCAGGGUGAAGAUCAAGGCGGUGUGGACGGGGUACGCGAUGGUGAUCAUCGUGCUCGUGAGCUCGGGCUCGUGCUACACGCUGGCAGUUGCGAACCGGCCGCGAAGCCCACCAUAUCGAAGCAGACGACGGAUGCCGUCGUUGCGAACGGUUCCGUAGAGGAAGCAUUAGUAGCAGUAGUAACAGGAGAAGCAGUAGCGGAUACGACCAUCCAGGAAAUGGGCCAACAGCCAAGUCGUGCGGAGAGCGAAGUUCAACAGCGAUCCUCGGCGGUGCGAGCAUCGAAGUCGAUCUCCCCGCAGCGCGUUGUACCGGCGGCACCGUCACCUCCACCACGCACACCACGCCCGGUGGUGUCACCCGCCGAUCUUGAGGUGAUCGCACGCAACGCCACCGUCACCACCAUCGAGCGCGAUGCUGCUGGGGACGAUACUAGCGACGAUCGGGAUGUCUUCUACGAGGCCAAGGAAACCCUCUCACCCCCGAUCGUGCCCCCUAGUGAGCCUCGAUUCGAGUCCGGUGUUGUCACCCCCGGCACACCGGAACCGAUACGCGCCAGUUUGGUGCUUAAAAUCGGACCUGAACCGACCGCCCAGCAGCAGCAGCAGCAGCAGCCGGUGAACGCCACUCCACGGAGAGCCGACCGGCACAAGAAGCAGGUUAGCUUCAAGCUAACACAAAACGGUAGUGACGAUGUGGAAGUGACCAGUGUCGACAGCAGUGCCAGUAGUGACGAAGAAGACGGUGACAGUGACAGUGAGCGAGAGCGCGUGUGUGCAGUGCCACCGACCUCAACCCCAUCCGAGUUCACUAACAGCGAGUUCACGCACCACAAUCAUACUGCAUUUAGUGAGAGUAAUAACAGCAAGCCGCCAACCACGUUUGGCAUCUGUUCGUUGGGUUCGGGGGAACCGGGCGGUAAUCAGAGGAAUUACAUUGAGUUUAAAUAUGAUAACAGUGCACCGUCGGACACGACGGCGACCGCGGAGUCGGAGAAGAAGAGUCCGGUGAAAGAUGUCCACGAGGGUGUCGGUACUACUACUCCGGGCGGAAAGGAGAAGCACCUGGUGAACGGGGAACCACAGCAGACGAGUGUCAGUGUUCUGAUCGAAGAUAGUGUCGCGAGCCUGCCGGAUGUUGUGCAGCAGCCGACCGGCAUCGAGCCGCACGGCAAGACCAUCCUACCACCGACAUCCUUCAGCACCGUUGAGAAGAUCAACAGUGAAAUGAAGGAUCUGGUCAACCAGGAGUGCCGGUACAGCGCCAAACUCGAGGAGGCCGAAAAACGUGUCAACGAGGCGAACGUCAAAGUCUACGAACUGCAGCAGAAGCUCGAUGCCGUCGAGCGAGACGCGUUGCUCAAGGAGUACAAUGUGGAACGUUUACAAGCGGAGUUGGUGGCCGCCCUUAAAGAAUGCGAGGGCAUACGAGCCCGGCUGACGACGCAGCAGAGCGAAAUGGAAGCCAUAAGGCUGCAGGCCUCCGAGCGGGAGGACGAACUGAACCUGCGAUAUCAAAAUCUAGAGGUGGAGCACCUCGAGUUGAACGAAAAGCUGAAAGAGGUCCGUCAUCUGGCGCACGAUCUGAACAGUCAGCUGAUCGACGCCAAAUCGGAGGUGGACCGGCUGAAGGAGGAACGCCAGAAGCUGCUGGACGCGUGCACCGAGGAGCAGAAGAUAAUUCGCGAGACGCUGGAGGAGUCGAUCCAGCAGCGGGCGCAGGUCGAGGCCAAGUGGAAGCACGACUUCGAGCAGCUGCGCAAUGUGAACAACGACCGCGAGGAGCAUCUGAUGAAGGACUGCGAGUUCACCGUGCGGAAUAUGCAGAAGACGUGCAAGGAGAAGGUGGAGACGGCGGACCGGGAACGCAAGCAGGCCCUGGAGAAGGUUGGUCGGCUGGAGGAGCAGACGCGCCGGCAGAGCGACGAGAUGCGGCACCUGAAGUCGGUUGAGGCGGAAGUCGAGCAGCUGCGGGGACUGACGUACGACCAGAAGGAGGCGCUGGCUAGCAUGACGCGCCAGGUCGAGGGCCUCAAGGCGGAACUGGAGACGGCGUACAACCGGAUCGAGGAGGAGAUGGUGAAGGUGCAGCAGAUCAAGAAUCGCUGCGAAUACCAACUUUGCGAGAAGGAACGGGAAGCACUGAACCGGAUAGAGAUUGCGCGAGGUGAAAUCGCGAUGCAGUGGGAGGAUCGAUUGCUACACGAAAUGAACCGGCUGAAAGUGGAGCUCGAACAGAUGCACAUGGAGGAGCGCAAGUCGGCCAUCGAGAAGAUACAGCGUGAGACGCUGGCGGAAACCGAAGCACUGAGCCAACGGUUCAAUGCGCGCGAACAACAGCUAAAGAAUGAAAUUGAAUCUCUUAAAGCGACCGUCGAGCAGCAGAAGUCCGCCAUGGCCAAUGCGCAAUCGGAGGCAGACCAAAAACUAGUCCAGUCGCGGAUGUACGUCGAACGUGCGGAACGUGAACACGAGCAAAAGCUGGCAAAGGAAAUGGUUGAGAAAAACGAAAUCAUCGACAACCUCAAGCGUCAGUUUGAGCAGGAGAAGCUGUCGCUCGAGCAACACUUCACCGAUCGCAUUCAGCAGGUCCAGGAAGAAUUCGCGCGCGAAAUUUCAGACACUACAGAAACGAUGAAAAGUGUGCACAAGAAGGAACUUGAAAACCAAUGGAAAGCUCUCGUCGCAGAAAAGGAGAAAGCGCUGCAGUUGAUGGACAGUCGAAACCGAAACCGGCUCGAGGAUGCUGAAAAUAAAAUCAGAGACCUCACGACCGGCCAUCAGCGGCAGCUCAAGGAUCUGCAGGAGGAGCACAGCUUCGUGGUGCACAGUCUGGAGUCGCGGGACACGAAGAACGCGCAAGAAAUUCAAACGCUGCAUAAAAAGUGCCGCUGCCUAACGAAUCUUUUCGAGGAGAUGCGUUUGCGCUACGAACGUCGCGAAUCUCGACCGGAAGAUCUGCAGCAGAUAGAGGAACUGAAGCGGGUCAUAGACUCGCAGGACAGAGACCUACGCCUGUUGACGGAAACCUUGCGAGAACUUCAGCUCGAGCAGAUGCAAAAGCAACGCCAGCAACCGCCUCAAGCCCAGCAACAGCAGCAGCAGCCACCUCCUCCACCACGUCGUUCGAAACCGAACCGUGGGAAACAAUCGAAGCAACAGCAGCAACAGAAUAGGCAGCAACAGCACAAACAACAACAGCAGCAGAAAAACGCGCGCCCACCACAUCCACCACCGGAACCGGAACCUGUACAGCCCGAAGCAGACGAGCAGGAGGAUGAGAGCCAUGAGGUAGAGGAGGUGGUGGGAUAUGGGCAGCCGUCGGCUCCACACGGUGCACCGCAAGUAGUACUCAUUCCACCACCUCAGUUUAUACCCCCCGGUAUGAUGCACCGAACGAUGUGUGACGUGAUCUACGAGGAAAACGAAGCGGACAUCCUGCGCGAGGAGGAAGAAGCACAGUUGAACGCUGGUGAAGGAGAACAAGAAGAAGGAGAAGAGGAGGAGAGUGAUGAUGAAGAGGCAAGUGAUGUGCAACACGAGGACGGUGUGGAGCAAAAGGAGCCGGAAGUGGUGAUUGUCGAUGUUCCCGAGUCAGCCAUUCAGACGGAAGACCGGGUAAUUCAGUCGACAGCACCAACCAUAAUUGAAGAGAUGGAUCCGAUGCCGGAACAGAGAGCAGAUCUCGUCGGUGACGGAAUCCCACCGUUUACGGUAGUACCGAUCGAAACGAUCGACAAUGCGACGAGUGCGCGCCCGAGAGCAUCAUCGACGCCGAGGAUUGUCAUCACGGUCGACGACACGGAAAAGGAAACGGGUGAGUCCGGUGAUGGGACGGGCACGACGGUGGUAGAAAUAACGGAGGAACCCGCGACCUGCGUCACUCCCGUCAUCGAGUUGCCGGCCGUGUUUGCCAAAAUCUAUCCCUCCGAGCUGCCUACCCAGGCGGCCGCGGGCGAUAAUGCGCAAAUGGCAACCCAUUCCGAGCCGGAGAUGACCGUGAUUCGAACGUCCGAGGGACACGGUGAGGGCUCGGCGUAGGACCCCCCAUCGUUAAAUGUAUUAUUCUUUUCGACGAAUAAACGUAUCCUUAUACACUUAUUGAUCGUAGAGCUAAGGAGACACUCCAAUUCUUUUGCCCCUAUAAUGCUGGGGGCAACUAGAAGCGCUAGUAUCAGUGAUACCCGUCCAAGGGAUGGUGGUUCCAGCCGGCAUCCGGAACUGGUUCUGGAACCGGACAUAUUCGGAAAAGCAGAGAUAUUGCUAUUGAUAUCCUGCUCAUUUUGUUUCUCGAAUCGAAAAAAUCGAAUACGGAAGGACGCCGUUACCUGUUGUACUCUCAACGUCUUUACAGUAAUAUUAUUUGCCAUUCUGUUACUUAUUCUUAGUAUUUAUGAUUAUAUAUUGCCACUUUCUCCUUCCGGUACUGUGCAUAUAUAAGCUAGUUAACUGCUACCAAAUGUAUGUCCCCAUUGGGACGCGUUCGCGGAGAGGCGAAAUAAUCGAUUUGUUGUUGAACCGUUGACAAAGGAGAAAUAUAA